AACCUUAACCUUUAUCACAACCUCAAAUCAACUCUAAGCUAAGCUUCAACUAACGCCAACUGCGUCUGUUUCAGCUUUCUGCUUUUGCCACUUCCUUUCUCAGAUCCAUUAUUCUUCGGAACCAACUCGCACCGCAGCGAAUCUAGCAGCUUCUGCGGUUCCAACAAUGCUCUGUGUCCGGUUCUACUACUUGUAGCUUUUUAUUCCUCGGAUUCAACACCAUGACACCUGGUUACGAAUACGAUAUUAAUGAUCUGCAUCAAGAGGCUCAAGCAAGAUGGUUGAAGCCUGCAGAAGUGAUGUACAUUUUACAGAAUCAUGAAAAGUUCCAGUUCACCCAAGAGCCCCCACAACAGCCAACCAGUGGAUCUCUGUUUCUGUUUAACAAAAGAGUCCUGCGUUUCUUCCGUAAAGAUGGUCAUAACUGGCGUAAGAAAAGAGAUGGAAGAACUGUGGGAGAAGCACACGAAAGGCUGAAGGUUGGAAAUGUUGAAGCCUUAAAUUGUUACUAUGCACACGGAGAGCAGAACCCUACUUUCCAGAGGCGGAGCUAUUGGAUGUUGGAUCCGGCAUAUGAUCAUAUUGUUCUUGUGCAUUAUAGGAACACAAGUGAGGGAAAGCUCAGUUCUGGAGCUGGGGCACAAUUGUCACCAAGUUCCUCUUCUGUGUAUACUCAGAGUCCUAGCCCAUAUUCUACUCAGAAUCCAGGGUCAACAUCCAUACUUGGCGAUUCAUAUGAACCUAAUCAGAGUUUCUCCAGUCCAGGGUCUACAGAAGUUACGUCUGAUAUGUUCGUACUGAACAAUAAAAUGGGUCACAUGGAUGGGACAGAUACAGAAUCAGGAACCUCGCCUGAACUCGAGGUUACUCAAGCUUUGCGCCGAUUGGAGGUGCAGUUAAGUUUGAAUGAGGACAACUUUGAAGAUAUUGUUUCCUUCGGAAGUAAGCACGAAACUACACAUGAUUCAAACCCUCAGCACGACCAAAGGGUGAUCAGCAAUCAAGAGCAAUCUGCUGCUUUCUCUGGACCUGAUGAUCAAGGGCUAUUUUAUGAUGGAUAUAAUGGAAGGCAAGGUGAUGGUGGUGAAUUUUAUCAUGAAUUAAUAGACCAUGGUUACCCUGAUGGAAAUGAAAAGGCUUUAUGGACAGAGGUGCUGGAAUCAUGUAAGUCCUCAUCUGCAGUCAAGUUACCACAGAAAAAUGUAUACAUGCCAGUUGAAAAUCUGGAAAAUUCAGUAUCUUCUGCAAGAAGGGUACCAGUUUCCAACCAGGAAAACAGUCACUGGCUCAACUUCAACAGUAAUAAUUCUGAAAACUCAGCUGUUUUCUCACAACCUCAAGGUGUUGAUGAAGUCAAAUUUCCUGUCUAUUCUUCUAUGGUGGAAACACAAGUAAUUAAUUCUGACUACUAUGAAACAUUGUUUGACCAAAGCCAAAUUGGAGCACCUCCAGAUGCAAAUUCAAGCUUGACUGUUGCACAAAAACAGAAAUUUACAAUUAAGACAAUCUCCCCAGAAUGGGGUUAUGCCACUGAGACUACCAAGGUCAUUGUUGUUGGGUCUCUUCUCUGUCAUCCCUCGGAUUCUGCAUGGGCUUGUAUGUUUGGUGAUGUUGAAGUUCCUGUUGAGAUAAUUCAGGAUGGUGUAAUCUCUUGUGAAGCUCCAUCUCACCUUCCUGGAAAGGUUACUCUGUGCAUUACUUCUGGAAACCGGGAGUCCUGCAGUGAGGUCAGAGAGUUUGAAUAUCGUGAUAAGACCAAUAGUUGCACUCAAUGUACUCAAUCAGAAACAGAAGCCACUAGAAGUCCAGAAGAGCUGUUAUUACUUGUUAGAUUAGAGCAAAUGCUUCUUUCUGCAUCAACAAUAAAGAAUGACAACAUAGAAUCUGGAAUUCCUCUCAUAAAACAGAAAGCUGAUGAUGACUCGUGGAGCCAUAUUAUAGAGGCUCUUCUAGUUGGCAGUGGAACGUCGACUGGUACUGUUGAUUGGCUUCUUGAAGAGCUUCUAAAGGAUAAGCUUCAACAGUGGCUUUCUUGCAGAUCUCAGGAAAAAGAUGAAGAGACAGGCUGCUCUUUGUCCAAGAAAGAGCAAGGGAUUAUUCACAUGGUUGCUGGGUUAGGUUUUGAGUGGGCCUUGAACCCUAUUCUCACUUGUGGAGUCAAUAUAAAUUUCCGUGACAUCAAUGGGUGGACUGCCCUUCAUUGGGCUGCACGUUUUGGAAGGGAAAAAAUGGUUGCUUCACUUAUAGCUUCUGGAGCAUCUGCUGGAGCUGUGACAGAUCCAAAUGCACAAGAUCCAACCGGUAAAACUGCUGCAUCUAUUGCAGCCGGCAAUGGGCACAAGGGACUGGCAGGGUAUCUUUCAGAGAUAGCUGUAACAAGCCAUCUGUCAUCUCUUACACUGGAAGAGAGUGAAUUAUCUAAAAGUUCUGCUGAGCUUCAGGCAGAUAUGACUGUUAACAGUGUCUCCAAGGAAAAUCUUACUGCCAGUGAGGAUCAGGCAUCACUCAAAGAUACCUUGGCUGCUAUCAGAAAUGUAACUCAGGCAGCUGCGCGGAUACAAUCUGCUUUUCGUUCACAUUCUUUUAGAAAACGAAGAGCAAGAGAAGUAGCUGCUAGUGCAGGUGGCAUUGGUACCAUUUCAGAGAUUUCUGCUAUGUCAAAACUUGCCUUUCGGAACUCACGUGAAUAUAAUUCAGCUGCUUCAGCUGCUUUAUCGAUUCAGAAGAAAUAUCGAGGUUGGAAAGGUCGCAAAGAUUUCUUAGCGUUGCGCAAAAAAGUAGUGAAGAUACAGGCUCAUGUGAGGGGCUACCAGGUUAGGAAGCAUUACAAGGUAAUAUGGGCAGUUGGAAUCUUGGACAAGGUUGUCUUACGAUGGAGGAGAAAAGGAGCUGGUUUACGAGGUUUCCGACAAGAGAUGGACAUCAACGAAAAUGAAAAUGAAGAUGAAGAUAUUCUCAAGGUGUUCCGAAAACAGAAAGUUGAUGUAGAAAUUGAAGAGGCUGUUUCAAGGGUGCUGUCCAUGGUCGACUCACCAGAUGCUCGUGAGCAAUAUCAUCGCAUGCUUGAGAAAUAUCGUCAAGCUAAGGCUGAACUUGCGGGUACGAGUGACGAGGCAUCAUUAUCAACUUCUGUAGGAGAUGACUUAUUUAUUGAUGAUUUUUAUCCAUUUCCCUAGGAGCAACGCUAGCCUUGGUAAUCUUCAUUAUUUUGAAUGAUCAAUUUGUGGCACAACCAUUUCGAUGGUCUUUGUAUCUAGAUGCCUAGAACAAGCUGACUUAUUAGUUUGAGACAGUCUAGAUUGUAUAGUGAAAAUAACAAUGAACAUUGUUACUUUGUAAAAUAUGAAAUGGUCUUGAAUGCAGGUGGGGUGGGGUUUCGAAUUGAAUGGAUUAAGUUUCUUUAGCAUCUCUUUGCGUGCA